CACACACACCCACAUGCACACGGUGUAUUCCUUUCGUCUCCUUCACUUUUUUGCAUAGUCAUUUUCAUAGUGAACUUGAUGCGCGUGCGAAUGAGGCGACCAUAGUGCCACACCCGGCAAGACACACGCGCGCGCACACACACACACACACACACACCGUGCGCGCGCGGAUAUUAAAACUCCCCGAUACUGAGAUCCAGCAAUCUUCACCUGUGCUGUGUGUCAGUGUCAGGAGAGGGAGGAGAGGAGAGGAGGAGAGGAGAGGGAGGAGAGGAGAGUGCUGGGAGAACAUCUCGAUAUAACGCUUUCCUGUCCUGUGUCUGGUGGGAUCUUAGCUCUCACAUGUCAUUCGUUUCGAACUAAAAAAAAAAGAAAAAAAAAAAAUGUGGAGGCGCAGAGGUUCAUCCCAGAAGUCGGUCAGAGUCGUGUGUGCAGAAGAGCUUUUACCGAAGUGUGUAUGACGGCGCGCGCAGGUUAUGUGGAGAUAAACACGUCGACGUCUCGCGCUUGGACUUUUUCCGCCAGCCUUUAUGCCCUGACCCCUAAAAAAAAGUCGCUGGGGUUUUUUUUUUUUUUAGCUUCGGUAAUGAACCGGGACAAAAGCGGGACUCAGAGGGACAGAAAGAGAGAAGAAGAAGAAGAAGCGAGUCUCUCUGUGUCGUUCUGCUCCGCGAGUUCGGAGGUGAACCCGUUCCGGUUUCUGCCGUCUGCGUUUUUAGGAGGAGGUGGUGGAGGAGAAGGUGGUGGUGGAGGAGGAGUGUGUGUAUUUUAUUCAUUUGUUUUUUGAGACAUGGCAGCGGCAAUCGCCAGCGGUCUGAUUCGCCAAAAGCGACAAGCGCGCGAGCAGAACCUGCACAGACCGGCGACUCACCGACGCAGGAAAAGCCCGAAUAAGAGCAAAGGGAUCUGUAACAGCAACCUGGUCGACAUCUUCUCCAAAGUGCGAAUCUUUGGCCUCAAGAAGAGGAGACUACGGAGACAAGAUCCCCAGCUCAAGGGCAUUGUGACCAGGUUAUAUUGCAGGCAAGGUUACUACUUGCAGAUGAGCCCAGAUGGAUGUUUGGAUGGGACCAAAGAUGACAGCACUAACUCCUCAAUGUUUAACCUCAUCCCAGUGGGCCUUCGAAUUGUUGCUAUCCAGUCUGUGAAGACAGGAUUAUACAUUGCUAUGAAUGCAGAGGGCCAUCUGUACACAUCGGAGCUUUUCACACCAGAAUGCAAGUUCAAAGAGUCGGUUUUUGAAAACUACUACGUCAUUUAUUCAUCCAUGCUCUACAGACAGCAGGAGUCAGGACGGGCCUGGUUCCUAGGCCUAAAUAAAGAGGGCCAGCCUAUGAAGGGGAACCGGGUGAAAAAGACGAAACCAGCUGCACACUUUCUACCCAAGCCCAUAGAAGUUGCCAUGUAUCGUGAGCCCUCCUUGCACGACGUUGGUGAAGCAGUCCCAAAGGCUGGAGUUCUUCCCAGCAAAAGCACAGAGCCAGUUGUAAUGAAUGGUGGCAAGCCUGUCAGCAAGCCUGACAAGGAGACAUAGCCCUAUUCCCCUUCCCCUCCCCUUUGGAGGGACUCUCCACAUGUGCUACUUUUUUUUCAAAUCACACGUUUGUGUCUUUGGCUUGUGAAAGGAAAAAAGAGGAAAAAUCUCCGUGCUGUAGUGUUUAUCCACUGGAACAAAUGAAUCAAGGGGUGGUCAAAGGACAAGGGUGUGUUGCUCAUAAAGACUGUGAGAGUCUGGAGGAGAUGGAUGAGGAGGAAGAGCGGGGCCACAGAAUGCUCAGCAUCAAGAGUCUGUCAUUGGAAUGUCCUAUGCGAUACGGAAUGUCUUUUUAAAAGUCCCUUUUCUUUCAGUUCUGCCUUUAUUCCUGUGACAAUCCUCUGUGAAAAUGCCAUAUUUUCAUCUGCCUUGUCUGGUAGCUUUGCCUGCUGACAGCUACCCACAGGUUUUCAGUUGGACUUUUCAUGUUAUUGUGGUUUUGUAGAAUACCACAGUGUACCAGCAUUUGUCUUGAUUGAUUCCUGUACAGAUCUGUCCUGUACUGACUACUGUUAAAUCUGUUAUUGUUGCUGUCUUUUGUUCCUCGUUGGCCCCUUUCUUUUGUUUGGUCUUUUCUAUAACGUUUUCCAUGUAUAAUGUCAAGAUUAGUGCACAUAAAUUAAAUGUGGACAAUAUGAAGAAACAUGCUACAUCAUGUAAGAAAGAUGUGCUUAAAAUACAGUAAAUGGUAGAGACGGUGUGGAGCUGCCAGACUGGCUGGAGAACUGGUGCUUGGGUUAAUUUCUUCCUUUUAGUUAUUAUCGCUCAUAAGAAUGACUGACAGAAUAGCAUUGAAUUGCACUAGGUUUUAAUCUGUGAACAGUUAAGAGAUAUGACAUUGAUAAUCAUGCCUCUAGGCAUUCAGGGUGGACAUAACCCCUCACAGGGGAACAGUAUACAUAUCACAAAUACCCUCAAUAUGCCUCAGCUCACUUACCUGACCCUCGGAUAACGGCUUUUUAAAAGGAAUUUUGUUGUCUGAAGUCAACAUAGUUAUCGGCCUCUAUGUUUUUUUUUUCUAAUCUGACUUUAGUACAACCAAGCCCUGAAGCCCACGACCAAUGACAGCAGCUGUUCAUGAAUGAUGAAGUGAAUGAUGAUGGCUGAGUGCAUGGUGAUGCUGUCACACAGGUCAUGGCUGUGGUCAGAUGUAUUGGUCAAAUGUAUUGUUAUUCCCUUUGCCAUUUAUAGUAGCAAAAGUGCAUAUGAGAUCUUAGAAACUGAGUAUGCUGUUGGUACAUAGGUGGAAACGAAAUGCUAUUUUUUAUGUUAGGAUUAAAAUCAUGACUGAAUGCACAAUGUUUUCCAUUAGCAAUUAAUUUAUCAUUCCACUCAUAAAAGGGGGUGAUCACGUACCAUAAGGGAAAAGUACCAUUUUUGACUGAGUGAUUGUGUUAUUUUGUUUAGCUUUUCCACUGAUGAGGUUUCUCUUAUGGAGUUUAAUACAAGAGAAUAUGGAAAUAUCACUGUGCAUCAGUAAAUGCUGUUUAUAAGACUUAGACAUUUAGAGGAUAUUGAACAUUAUUCUUAAUGAAUUAAAAUAAAUAAACUGCAAAUAUGUUGUAAUCUGCCAUAAAGGAAAGGGUUUUUUUCUUUAUUUAAAAGCAAAUAUAGUAUUAUAUAUACAUAUAUAUUAUUUAAUGUUAUUGCAUCUUCAUUAGUUACGCGUUUGUCAAGAAAAUUGCAAAAUGCCUUCCCACUGUUUUUUUUAUUUAUUUGUUGUAUGAUAAUUGUUAUAUAUGUAUAUAUUUAUGGAUGCUGCCAUGCUAAUGUUAAAUGAUUUCCAAUAAGACUGCUAUUCCUAAUUUCUAAACACAAACAAUAACAACCAACUGUAUGGUACUUUUGCAUUAGCUUAUCAACUGUUUUAUUAAUGCAGUCUCUUAGAGUAUCUAAAAGGGUAUUUUCUCAGUCACCUAGAAAGAUGACUGAAAAAUGCACUUUCAGUCUAAUUUUUGGUUUUCAUUUGAAAGUCCUUUACUUGUAUGCUAUUGAAAAUGAGCUUUUUUUUCUGGGGUCCCAAACUGUAUAUUUUGCCCUGCUGACCAGUUUUAACUGGUUCCAUAGAAGACUGGAUUUAUUUUUGUAAAAUUACAAGAUGUACAUUCUUUGUUUUUCAUUGAUCUAUCCCCAUGUAAUGUACCUUCCCCAUUUCACUCACAUCUUUUUCCAUUUGUACUUGUAUGUUCUCACGUUGGCAUAGAAAUUGAGUUUACGUCGAUUUUUAAUCUUGAAGAUGACUUUUCUUUGUUGUCCUUUAUAUGUGUUGAGAAACGGCAGGACAAUGUCUGUUUUGUUCCUCCCUUGAUCUCUUUCCUUCUGAAGAUUUCUUCCUUGAUUCACCAUAUGUUUCACCUGUUGCAUGGUAAUAAAGGGGUAAGACUGAA